UCGUGAGGGAAUGAACUGCUGAGUGGGGCCUUUCGUCCUAUCGUUUCUUAUAACAGGAAAUUUGAAGCCGGAGGCGGUUGAUAAAAAUGCCAGAGGAGAUGGGGGACGGUGGGAGGAGGCUUGUGACACUCGACGACCUCAUCGAUGCCUUGGACAAGCGCGAGAGGGCGCCGAGUAAUGUCCCAAAGGUCGAGACAUUCCAUUUCAAGGGGGAUCGGGUAUCUGACUGGUUGGAUCUGACAGAGCAGGCGCUGGUAGGGCUGUCAGAUGAGGCUAAGCUCCAGCGGGUUCUAAGGUACGUCCUGCAUAGUCACCAUCGGGAAGUAAGGUCGGUCGUGGACGCCGCCAAUGACAGUUGGACGAAGUUUGGGGACCUGAUGCGGAGGAAGUACAGGCUGGGGGAUGGCCUGUUGACCAUGGCCGACUUGGAGGCCAUGGAUAAGGAAGACUUCUCUACCAUUGGGGCGUUCGUGCACGAAUUUAAGAAAAGGGCGAGGAAAGUGCACGGGAUUUCGGAGGAGGCGCAGUGCGCCACAUUUCUGGGGUUGCUUAUGGGCUCGGAGGCCACAGAGUUGACAAAGUAUGGGGAAGGGAGUGAGAGGCUCACCUGGGCAACUAUUGACAAGGGAGUGGAAGAAGGGAGCCUAGACCAGGUGAAGCAGCACCAAAUGAGGUUGCAAAGGCGUAAGAGGAAGGAGAGGGAUGCUACUGCAUUGGGGACCUCAGGGGUGAAGAGAACCGUCACGGACGUGUUAGCGGCACUGGGGUAUGACAAUGAAGAGGAAAUACAGAAAAGAGGGGUGAUAGUGGCCCAAGGCCAGGCGUCAGGGGCAGUGGAUGAGGAGGCUGGGCAGAAAGACUACAGCGGAGGGGAGACGGAGGAUGAAGAGGCCUACUAUGACCGAGAGCGAGGACUGAUAAGACGUAUGCGGGAGCAUGCGCAGGCAGGGCCGUGCCGAAUCAAUGACGAGAAUGAGGAGAGGCUGAUAAUUGGCGAGUCUGGCUUCCUUUCGCCCCAGGAGAGGACCUUGAUGGUGGAGACCAUGAAGAGGAGGCAUUGCGAGUAUGCAUUUAACGAUGACCAGCGUGGGAGGUUGGACGUGGAUAAGAUCCCAAUGAUACGAAUCCAUACCGUCCCACACGAGCCGUGGAAUCUGAGGGGCGCACGAUAUCCGAAUCCGGAUGAGGAGAAAAAGGUGGUGGACUACCUGGACGGGAAAAUGCGGACGUACGUGGCAGACUACUCCAAUGGACCGUAUGCCUCCCCUUGGUUUUGCUUCAUCAAGCCGAACGGGACGCUACGGUGGGUGCAGGACCUGCUGCGUUUGAAUGCGGUGACGGUGCGGGACGCGGGAGGAUUGUCGAACGCGGACGCCCUGUCAGAGUCAUGCGCGGGGAGGCGAAUAAUCUCACUUAUAAACCUUUAUUCUGAGUAUGACCAGUUUCCUGUAUACCCGUCGGAUAGGCCGGUGACGGCUAUGCAUAAGCCAAGGGGGCUGAUCCACAUGAAUGUAGCCCCUCAGGGGUGGAGUAAUGCGGUGGCAAUGGUGCAAAGGCACAUGAUUAGGGCCAUGCAGGCGGUUAGUCCACAUAUCACCCAACCCUAUAUUGACGAUCUGGCGGUCAAGGGUCCAAAGGAGAAGGAGGAAGACGAGGUGAUGCCAGGAGUGAGGCGAUUUGUCUGGAGGUAUGUCCAGGAUAUCGAUCAGGUUCUGGGUCUGCUAGAGGAGCACAACCUUACGGCGAGUGGCCCCAAGUCGAAGCACUGUAUGAGGGAGGCCACGAUUCUGGGCUUUGUCUGCGAUGAGAAGGGGCGGAGGCCAGAUGUGAAGAAAACGGACAAGAUCCUAGAAUGGCCAGUCCCCUUUCAGUCGAUAACGGAUGUGAGAAGCUUCCUUGGGACCUGUGGGUUUUGGAGGAGUUUUGUGAAGGACUUCGCCACCAAGACGGAGCAUUUGAGGAAGCUGGUGCGUCAGGAUCAGGAAUGGGUCUGGGGCGAAGACCAGGAAAAGGCGGUGGAAAGGAUCAAGGGGGAGUUCAAGGAAGGAGGCUUGGUGCUGGGAGCGCCAAAUUAUGAGGCCACGGAGGAAAGGUCAUUCGUUGUCGAGACGGACGCGGGGCCAACUGCCUCAGGAGGGGUCCUGAUUCAGGCAGAUGUGGAUGGGAAGGAGAGGCCGCUAAGGGCGAAUCAAGAGUCAAUUGAGGAUACCCCACCAGUCGACGGGUUCUUGGAUCAGGAGGAGGAUGUCCGCCUCCACGUAAAUGAAUGGUCGUUGAGGGUGCCUAGUUGCGUCACGCAUCCCAUAUGGCUAGCACCAAAGGGGUACGAGCGAAAGGAGGAGUUGGUCUUCAAGCCCUUCCAGGAAGAAGAUCCGUGGGGGAGUAGGGAUGUUGGCUGGAUGAUGAAGUUGGCAUUGGCGGGUACACACAAUCUGGCAGAAGAAGUAAGGACGAUUGAGGAAGGCCCAACCCAGGUAGAGGAGCAUGAGCAAUUAAUGGGAGGGAUGUAUUUGCUCACUAAUACGCUCCUGCAGGGGAACUUUAACCAGAGGGACUCAUUUGGUCCUGAGGAGAGUAAACUUCUUGUUCCUGAAAGCCAGGACGAUGAGUUCGAAGAGGGAGAGAUCAGGGAGGCGUUUCGCGCUGAAGAGUAUGACGGGAUCUAUCGGGAAUUGGGGUUACUCCUGUCAUGCGAGAUAAGGGAUAGGGACGCAAGUGCUAAAGCCCAGAAGAUAAGGGAUCUCUACGUAGUAAGAGAUGGCCAUCUGUUUAUAAAGCGACAGGUUGGAAACCCCAAGAGGAUCGCAUGUGGGAGGAACCGGCACAUCGAUGUCAUAGCAGCCCUACACGAUGGCAUAACAGGGGGGCACAGAGGGGUUAGUGCCACGUGCGCAAAGAUAAGCGAGUUAUACCAUUGGGAUGGAAUGCUGAUUAUGGUCAUCAAAUAUUGCCAGUCUUGUGUACCUUGCCAGCAGAGGUCAGCGCAAAGGCCUGGGGAGCCUCUGCACCCCAGGUUGGAAAGGGAAGUGGGUGCAGUCGUGCACCUGGACCUGUUGUUUAUGUCACUCGGGGAGGAUGGAAGUAACUAUAUCUUCGACGCACGAGACAACCUUACCGGGUUCGUGGACGGUCGGGCUAUUCGUACAAAAACUGGCCCAGUUUUAGCAAGGUGCAUCGAAGAGUACUACCUGCGUUAUCCGUUUGUCAGAGAGUUUGUGAUGGACCGGGGGUCGGAGUUCACCUGUAACAAGAAGGAGGCAGAGGCAGAGGGUCAGGGAGCGUAUGAGAGAGCGAGGGUGGAGGCACUCCUUGACUUGCCAUUGGCCACGCAUGCGACCGAGAGCCCAGUUAUCGGGGGGCCUGCUCUAGCGGAGUCAUCGUCAAUGUUGCCAUGCACGAGCGAGAGGAUGGGUGUUGAGGCGUCAGCACCGGAGGGCCAGGGGCCGCAGGUGAGAAGAGCCUCAAGAGAAACUCGCGAAGAGAACUCCGCCAGAGUGCGGGUCCGUUUGGAUGAAAUACAUGCGAGGCAGGCUGAAAUGGAGGCGACAGGGAUAGAGCCGACACCGCCGGUCGAUCCCAAGACGAGUGAGCAGCGGAUCGAUGAGUUGUGGGGGAGGUACGAGAGCCAGAGGGAUGCAGCCCGCCAGAGGUCACGAGAGACGGGGCAGGCGGACGGGGAGGCGGGAGAGUUGAGGGAGAUGGGGGACUUGGGGUUUUCUGCGGCUAGGAUGGCGAUCGAGAUCGGGGAUAGGAGGAUGCCCGAGGUGGCGGUUACGUCUUUCCAGCGGUAUAGCCUACUCAGUGACGAGCUCACGGCCAGGAGGUUGGAGGUGGAGCACUUGGCUACCGAGCUCGCUGAGGAGAGAGCAAGGAGCCAGGCCAGGGAGGCUUCGCCGAGUCAGGGAGCAGCGGUGGAGGCCCCUCGACAGGUCGGGCCGAUGGGGGAGGAGCCCUUGGACACAGCCGAGGAGGAGGGUGGCGCACAGGAGUCGCUUAUGGCUAUGUCCACGGAAAGGAGAGGCUCGCGUUUGCAUGAGCUGACGGCAACCAUGGGGAUAGGGACUCCACCGGAGAGGUCUCAGAGACUCGACACUCCGGAGUAUGCCCCGAGGUUGGGGGAGCUGAGGGCGGAGCUGGGCUCCUGAGCGACAGAGACGGACUCAGGAGGACCUUACUCAGGGCGGCAGCCGCAGCAGGAGGUCAUGAGUGAGCCCACUGCCAUGAUGGGCUCUCAGCCGUCAGGAUCAUGUAGGGAUGAGAUGGUGGUUGUGAUAAAGAGGCCUCAUGAGG